AGCGAAAGCGAAAGCGGAGGGAGGCGCUGCCUGGGAGAGCCUCGCCAGCCCGCAGAGGGGAAACCAAGCUGAGACCGCGCGCGGCAUUUCAGAGCUCAGCCCCAGCGCUUAGAGGAAAGACCCCCCAGAGCUGCAGCCCAGGAGCGCCGCUGAUUUCGCCAUGCGGCUCUCUGACCUGAGACCCUGGGCUUCCCUGCUGCUGGCGGACUCGGCCUUACUCUGGCUACUGCGGGGGCCUCUGGGGGCCCUGCUUCCCCCAGGGCUUCUAGGCCUGUGGCUGGAGGGCGCCUUGCGACUUGGAGGGCUUUGGUGGCUGCUAAGGCUGGGGGGGCUGCUGGGAUUUGUGGGAGCACUGCUGCCCCCCUUCUGCCUGGUGACCCCCCUGUUUCUCUCCCUGAGGGCCCUCGUCCCAGGGGCCUUGAGUGCUCCCCCGGCCAGAGUGGCUUCGGCCUCUUGGAGCUGGCUGCUGCUGGGCUCCGGGGCUGCAGGACUGAGCUGGGCGGUGUGGGCUGUGUUGGGUGCCCCAGGACCCCAGGAGAGGGAGCGGGACCAGGAGAACAACAGAGCCUUUAUGUGGAGGUUGCUGCAGCUCUCCAGGCCAGACCUGCCUCUCCUGGCUGCCGCCUUCUUCUUCCUGGUCCUUGCCGUGUUGGGUGAGACAUUAAUCCCUUACUAUUCUGGUCGUGUGAUUGACAUCCUGGGAGGUGAUUUUGACCCGGAUGCCUUUGUCAGUGCCAUCUUUUUCAUGUGUCUCUUCUCUGUUGGCAGCUCACUGUCUGCUGGCUGCCGAGGAAGCGCCUUCACCCUCACCAUGUCCAGAAUCAACCUGCGGAUCCGGGAGCAGCUUUUCUCCUCCCUCUUGCGCCAGGACCUCACUUUCUUCCAGGAGACUAAGACAGGGGAGCUGAAUUCGCGGCUGAGCUCGGAUACCAAACUGAUGAGUUGCUGGCUUCCUCUUAAUGCCAAUGUGUUUCUGCGAAGCCUGGUGAAAGUUCUGGGACUGUACGGCUUCAUGCUCAGCCUGUCUCCUCGACUCACCCUCCUCUCUCUGCUCGAGCUGCCUCUCACAAUAGCGGCUGAGAAGGUGUACAAUGCCCGCCGUCAGGCAGUGCUUCAGGAGAUCCAGGAUGCAGUGGCGAAAGCAGGGCAGGUGGUGCGGGAGGCAGUUGGAGGGCUUCAGACCGUGCGCAGUUUUGGGGCCGAGGAGCAAGAAGUCUGUCGCUAUAAGGAGGCCCUUGAACGAUGCAAGCAUCUGUGGUGGCGACGAGACCUGGAACGGGCCCUCUACCUGCUCUUAAGGAGGACGCUGCACUUGGCAAUGCAGGUGCUCUUGCUGAACUGUGGGCUGCAGCAGAUCCUGGCCGGGGACCUCACCCGGGGCGGGCUGCUCUCCUUUCUGCUCUACCAGGAGGACGUGGGCUCCUAUAUGCAUACCGUGGUAUACAUGUUUGGGGAUAUGCUGAGCAACGUGGGGGCUGCAGAGAAGGUUUUCUACUACCUGGACAGAAAGCCAAACCUGCCUCCCCCUGGGACACUGGCCCCGCCCACUCUGCAGGGGCUGGUGGAAUUCCAAGACGUCUCCUUUGCAUAUCCCAGUCACCCCAACCAACCAGUGCUCAAGGGUCUGACGUUCACCCUACGUCCUGGUCAGAUGACCGCACUGGUGGGGCCCAAUGGGUCUGGGAAGAGCACGGUGGCUGCCCUGCUGCAGAACCUGUACCAGCCCACUGGGGGGCAGGUGCUGCUGGACGGGGUGCCCAUCUCCCAGUAUGAACACCACUACCUGCACCAGCAGGUGGUUUUGGUUGGGCAGGAGCCUGUGCUGUUCUCGGGUUCCGUGAGGGACAACAUUGCUUACGGGCUGAAGAGCUGCAGUGAUGAUAAGGUGAUGGCUGCUGCCCAGGCUGCCAGAGCAGAUGAGUUCAUAAAAGAAAUGGAGCAUGGACUCUCUACAGAUGUUGGGGAGAAAGGGAGCCAGUUGGCUGUGGGACAGAAGCAACGUCUGGCCAUUGCCCGGGCCCUCGUGCGGGACCCACAGGUCCUUAUCCUGGAUGAAGCCACCAGUGCCUUGGACGUGGAGUGUGAGCAGGCCCUGCAGGACUGGAGGUCCCGCGGGGACCGCACGGUGCUGGUGAUCGCUCACCGGCUGCAGACGGUUCAGAGCGCCGACCAGAUCCUGGUGCUGAGGCAGGGGGAGCUGCAGGAGCACGGCCGGCUCCCGGAGGGGCAGGACCUCUGCUCCCUGGUGCAGCAGAGCUGGAGGACUGAGAGCCCGGAGACACUGGACCCUUCUCGUGACCAUCUGAGUGACCCCGAGUAGCUCCUGCUUUGAGUUUCCCUGGGGGAGCUCCCCUGGGGAGCUGUUUUUGGAGCUGGGGUCACAAUGGAGAUUUAGGCCACGGGUACUUUUGCCAGGAAUCUUGUUUCCUUGAUGAACAGUUUUGCCUGGUGCUGAGUAGUGUAUUGUGGCGUAAUAAAUAUAUUUUACGUAUUUUCCCUUAUUAUACAGAUAGCACACAUUUAUAUAGAAAAUGAAGACAAUACAGAAAAGUAGGAAGGAGAAAAGUAAAACUGCCCACUGUUUCAUUUCCCAGAGAAAACCACGGUUACUAUUUUGCUGUCUGUCUUAUCAGUCUUUUAAUUGUUGUUUGAGAUACAUAUUAACCAGUAUGACAUAAAUAUUCAUGAAGUUGCCUUUCUGUAUCUUUCCCCAUUCGCAUCAGGGUCUGAUAUUUUGAGGGGAGCUAAGGUGUGGAGGGGCAGAGCGCAGUUCCCUAAUUAACAGUAUUAAUAAAACAUUGAUAAUAGCUACUACUUACAGUUUUAAUAUGAGCAGGAGCUACGCUAAGCGUUUUUCAUGUAUUCUCAUUUAAUCCUUAUCGUCAACCCUUUGAGACUGGUUAUUGUUAUCCCCAUUUUAUGGAUGAGAGAACUUGAGUCUCAAAGAGAUGAAAUAACUCUCCCAAGGUUACACAGUGGUGGAGUUGGAAUCUGAAUCCAGUGCUGACCCCAGAGUCCACACCCUUGACCCAUAAAUUACAUUGCAUCUUGUGUCAUGAUCUACCUUGUAAUCAGGUCAAGUAAAACUCUUUUACCUGAAGCUCUGAAUAGCUCUGAAUCCAUCACCUUCUCCCGAGGCCCAGUGUUAUCACUUUCAUUUGGAGCCUUUGAUGAUCUCAUCUCCAAAGGGGUUUCCCGAUUCUUGGUUCCCCUGUUCCAGCCAGUCUUCACAAAGUCGUUCUUCUUUCUGGAAGACACAUUGGAUGAUGUCACUUCUAUAAAAUCCUUCCAGCGUCUUCACCCCUUUCUGCUCAGAUCUUCCUCAGAGACACGUUUUCUAGCCCAUUUGUCUUCCCGUUUCUUGCUGGAUUAAGCUCCAUCCACAGCAAACCUCCUGCCCUGCUGAGGCCUUUGUCCUCUGCAUGUCGUGUUUCCUGGGACUCCCUGAACCACACUCUUGGAUUUACCCUGGUUCUUUAAGAUUCACCUCAGGAUGUAGGUCUUCCAGGAAGCCUUCCCUUAUCUUCUCAGUCUGGAAAAAGUGCCUUUUCCAUGUGCUCCUGUCGCUCUGCUCCUGGGAUUUCCCUCUUUCACAGUCCUUGUUCCUCUCUCCACCCGCCACCGUGGACCUCGGUCCUUCCACCAGGCCGGGAGCUCCGGGACUGAGGGGAGGCUAUGUAUCUCAUUAAGCUUUAUAUCUACACCUGGCACAGGACUCGAUUCAUAAUGGACAAUAAAUACAUGUUUGUUGAAUAAACGAAUAAAUCUCC